AUGUUUUUGCUACUCAUUUUCGGUGCAAUAAUCACCGAAAAUGAGUACCAUAAGGAUUCCAACCUUAUUGCAUCUGCUGUAUAUCAUAGACUCACCGUAACUGACAAAGCCGAUGUCAAACAUAUUCGAUUGAUCGCUGACGGUUGCGGUGGUCAAAAUAAAAAUUGCAUAGUUUUGGGUGCUUGUUGUAAGUGGCUAUUAGAAAACUCAAGUAUUCAUACAAUUGAAUUAGUAUUCCCGGUUACCGGGCAUUCAUUCAUGCCUGCGGAUCGUAUUUUUGGUGUUAUUGAAAGAAAACUGAAAACAAAAGAAGUUAUUUUACACCCCGAUGAAAUAACAAAAGUGCUUAGAGAAUCGUCAAGUAUAGUAAAAUUCGGAAACGAUUGUGUUGUAAACGAUUGGAGAGAAUCUGUUAGAAAAGUGCUGAAGCAAACAACGUCAUGGUCAGUCCAGUUUAAAGACUGUAAGAGAUUUAUAUUAAAAAGAUCAAAGAAAGUUGGAAAUGUACUGAUUCGUGGGGAACUAAAUUACAAAUCUGAUUUGGGUAAAUUCGAAAAUGUGUGUCAGAAGAAUAAACAAAUAUCAAUGCUAAGUCCUGUACCUUUGCCAAACAUAGUACCUAUAAAUAAAAACAAAUUACAGGAUGUAAAGAAACUACUUCAAAAACAUUUUGGAUUAGAGUGGGUAGCUUUAGAAUCUUUGACAUUUUAUAAAGAAUUGUUUGAAACUCAAGAGGAACUAGUGGCUCCACAAAACGAAGAAAGUUUCUGCAAUGAACGAAUUGACGAAACUAUUGAGUUACACGUCUAA